UCUAAAUUUCUAUUCUAUCCCGUCAAAAUUCUAUCCAAAAGCAAACCAAGAAACCAUACUCCAACUUUCUCUCUCACAAUCACAAUUCACAUAUCAAUGGCUUCUUCAACUUCAUCUCUUCUAAAUUUUCUCUCUCCUAUUUUCCCUUCAAACACAACUUCCCUUUCAUCCAACCCUAAAUUCCCCACCUCAAAUUCUCUCUCCUCCAUUUCUUCACUCUCUAUCUCCUCCCCAAAAACACAGCAACAAAAUAAUGUUGUUGUUCCUGUAAUUGCAAAGAAAGAAGAAGAUUUAAUGGCAGUAGUAUGCCCAUCUCUUGCAUAUUCAAACACCCUUUUCUUCAGAUCAGCUUAUAAUGUUCAAGUUUUGGUCGAUGAAAAUGAGAAUGAAGAAAGACUUCUUAAUCGUUUUAGGAGAGAAGUUAUGCGUGCUGGGGUUAUUCAGGAGUGUAAACGACGUCGUUUCUUUGAGAAUAAACAGGAUGAGAAGAAGCGCAAGCAUCGUGAAGCUGCUAAGCGCAAUAGUCGUCGAAGGCGCGGUCCUUUCCGACCUUUCCCAGGCAAGGAGGAUGCCGUGAAGAGUGAGAAAAAAGAGGAUGACGAAGAUAACUGGGAAAUGCCAAAAGGAGCCAACGAUGAUGCUCUUCUCUGAGUGCUUCUUGCAUUUGCUCAACUUCACUGACUUCUCUUUUGAUUGAGAGGUUAUUCUUCUGUGUAAGUUAGGUGUAUUUUGUUUCAGAAGUUGUAUUUUCAAUGUGUUGAUAAAGGUUUCAUUGGGUAAAUCGUUGUAUUAUUUGAUAGAUCCUUUGAGUUAUGGUGGCAUAUACUCCACUAACAAUUGUACCAAAAAAUUUGAUGAGAACGUACAACGGCUUUGGCUACAAGAGCCUGUAAUUUUACUUGUUAACAUGUGAAGUUUUCUGCAA